AAAUGGAUCUUUUGCAACAACUAAAGGAUAACAGUGUUUAUGUGAAAGGAGCAGCUGCAGUAGCUAUUCCGAUUUCCCUUUUGGGGAUUUACGGUAUACACAAUUUAUUAACAAGGAAUGCUGAGAAUUCUAAAAGACCUGGAAGGGGAAAAGAAUGUUCAUAUUUGCUUAAUGACUCUUGGCGUGAAAUCCAUCAAUCAUUGACAGAAAAUUCGCAGGUAAAAGAAAACAUUUUGAAAAACAUAUCGGAGAUGAGGACUAAAAAUGACACAACACUGAAUAUUCUACUCCUUGGACAAGCCGGAAGUGGGAAAUCUUCCUUUGUUAAUGCGUGUUUGACAGCUUUACUACAAGAGGGAAGAGUUAUUAAACGAGCUGCCGUUGGAGCAGUGGGGUCCGAGAGUAUAACAGAAAGGGUAAACUCUUAUCAGCUAGAAAUAAAAACUGGUGGUAUAACGAAACACUUACCCGUAAAAUUGUUUGAUAUCCGAGGACUUUUUAAGGGAAACAAAGGAGUACGGACCGAAGACAUCAAGAAGAUUUGCGAAGGCCAUAUCAAAGCUGGAUAUUUGAUAGAUCCCAAGGAAGGAAUUAAGUCUGAUGACAAAAAGUGUUGUCAAGAGCCACCAAAGAAAGGAAAGAUACACUGUAUUGUUUACGUUUUGGCGGCCGAUGAAGACGGAUUCGUUCAGGAUGAAGUUUUGGAUCAAUUUAAGACUAUAAAAAAGAUAUGCAAAGAAGACAUACCCCAGCUUAUUCUUCUGACAAAAAUCGACCGUCUUGGAAACAAUGACAUCACCCAGAUCUUCAGAGACAAAAGAGCAAAAGAAAGUUGUGAGCAGGCGGCAAACUUCCUCAGUCUUUGCCCUAAUGACGUUUUCCCCCAGUCCAGCUACAACGAUGAAGUAGUCCCGUGUGACUACAAGGAUCUGAUAACUCUGUUUAACAUUAAGACAAUAAUGGAGAGAGCUAACGAUUGGCUGAAAAUACCUGAUCUCUCCCGCGAUGAUUCACUUCAAGACGAGAUUACAACAUAAAUUAAUUGGAUUUUGAAAUGAAACUUUCACUAAGUUUUUAGAUUAUUUAUUUAUAUUUGCUGCUUGAUCAAGAAAAUUUCAAUUUGAAAUCAGAUUAUACUGACUGUAUGUACAUGUGUGCGUGAUAAUGCAUUGUAUAUAAGAAGGUGCAGUGUAUCAUAUGUAUGAGAAUCCUGUGUAUUAAUUAUAAAGAUCUUAAAAAUUAAAUUAUAUACAUAAUCACAACUGACUGGCCAUACCAUGAACAAUGACAUUCUCCUGUGUAUGUUCAGCUAAUGAAUAUUUAGCAAAGGAUUCCGUGGACGUUAAGACAAAGUUCACCUCCAAGUUUACAGGAAUCAAAACAUUGACAAUGGUUUCUUUUUUUAAAAAUCACUCAAAUUCAACAAAACAUUUGACUUACUAGAAUUUUCACUUACCAUUUUCAGUCAUCGAUUAAAAUUCAUUACAUCAUAUUAUUUUAUCAUUUUAUAUAUUAAAAAAAACAUAUAAUUUUAUCAUUGGAAAUACAAUCGAAUACAUUUUGAAGAUGUGAGAUUUUUUUUUUAAUCUUAUGCUAUGUGUUCAA